UAACCUUGUUACAGCAUGCACCGUGAGGUUCUGGAAAUGGAGGAGAUCAAGGUGUCUCCUGACUACAACUGGUUCCGAAGCUCAGUACCCCUGAAAAGAAUCAUCGUGGAUGAUGAUGACAGUAAGGUGUGGUCGCUGUACGACGCGGGGCCCAAGAGUAUCCGCUGCCCCAUCAUCUUCCUCCCGCCCGUCUCCGGCACGGCUGAGGUCUUCUUCCAGCAAGUGCUCGCUCUCACGGGCUGGGGCUACCGCGUCAUCUCGCUUCAGUAUCCUGUGUAUUGGGAUCUGUUGGAGUUUUGCGAUGGCUUCCGGAAGCUUCUAGACCAUUUACAACUGGACAAGGUCCACCUGUUUGGUGCGUCUCUGGGGGGCUUCCUGGCUCAGAAGUUUGCGGAGUGCACCCACAAAUCCCCCCGAGUGCACUCGCUCAUCCUCUGCAACUCCUUCAGCGACACCUCCAUAUUCAACCAGACAUGGACUGCCAACAGUUUUUGGUUGAUGCCGGCCUUCAUGCUGAAGAAGAUAGUUUUGGGGAAUUUCGCCAAAGGACCAGUGGACCCCAAAAUGGCCGAUGCCAUAGACUUCAUGGUGGAUCGGUUGGAGUCUCUGAAUCAGAGUGAGUUAGCCUCGCGGCUAACGCUAAACUGCCAGAACUCCUAUGUGGAGCCGCACAAGAUUAAAGAUGUGGCUGUUACCAUUAUCGACGUGUUUGACCAGAGUGCCCUCUCUAACGAGGCUAAGGAGGAGAUGUAUAAACUGUACCCCAACGCCAGACGUGCGCACCUCAAGACUGGAGGCAACUUCCCUUACCUGUGCAGGAGCGCAGAGGUCAACCUUUACAUACAGAUCCACCUGCGGCAGUUCCACGGUACGCGCUAUGCUGCCAUCAACCCAGCCAUGGUGAGCGCUGAGGAGCUGGAGGUGCAGAAGGUCCAGCUGGACCACAACCACGACAGCGAGGAAGACCAGCAGGACUUCUAGAACCCUCAAGACACCUCUAGAACACACCACCUGGAGUUCUAGAACCCUCAAGCAGUUCUAGAACCCACACCAGCAACCCAGCAACCGCCUGCCUCUGGCCACCUCCUCCUCCUCCUCCCCCUCCUCCCCAUGGAGGAGCUGGUGUCCAGAGGCCUUGGGUGCACAUCAAUCUAGCGCCUUAUGUCUUUUCCUCUGGCCUGUUUCCUCUGAUCUGGAUGUCACCCUGCCUCCGGAAAGGAAACGGUAAAGUUUCCCUGUGGUAAACCAGACCAGAGCAGUGCAACUUCAUCGGGGGCUUCCCCACCCCAUUCAACACCCGAUUGCAAAUGAGAAAAUGGCAUUUGAAUUGUGUUUUUAUUCAAUAAAAACUGCUGGUUGACCACAUGGAAACUUUACUGUUUCCUUUAUGGAGGUGGGAUGACAAGGCAAGAGGACACAGGCAAGAGGAAAAGACAUGAGGCACUAGAUUGAGUUGCACCCCUGAGGUGGCGAGGGUGACUACUGCACCGGAGUAAUAAUGGCUAGAGAAAUAAACCCUGUGAACUAGAGAGGCGAUAUCAGCUGUGGUCCUGACGUAUGUACACUGUACUGUACAACUCAGCAUUUCAGACGGAUUUUGAUGUGGUCUUUGUAUUGUAUUGUUUGUUUGUUUUUCUAUCACGUGUUUCAAUCAACGACAUGUUUCAGAGGAGACAAUUUUUACUUUGCCUACCGAAGGAAAUACAAUAUUUUAAUAAUGAAUAAAUGAUGACUAUUUCUGUAAAUAAUAAUUAUGAAUUGGAUACGUUCUGAAAUGACCUUGAUAGGAUGCCAUACUUUUCUCAGCCUGUUGCCUUACGUACAGAAACAGUUCCGCUUUGUUUUCUUCUCUUCGCACUUUCUAUUACAGGAAUUGAAAAUAUCUUUUUCUGUUUUUCUUUUUUCCAAAUUUAUGUUUUUUUUCUCUCUUUUCUUUUCUUUCUUUCUCUCCUCACUGCCAGCUUUUAUAUUCUGUACGGAGUCAUGCACUGAACCGAACUGAACCGUUACUAUCCAGCAACCCCAAUGAUGUGACCAGGAAUAGUAUUGGAUAAAAAGAAAAGAAAAAGAAAUAAUGUACAUUAUUGUUUCGUUUGUUUACCAGUAAAAAAUGCUUAAUUAUCCACCUCCGUCUUAUGGCUGUUCUUUCGUUAUUAUAUAAAUAAACACACAUUUGUUUAAAUGUCAAUACUUUAUUGUAGACGUAUCAUGGCACUUAAGCUCUUCCAUGCAGAGUGAGUGCACUUGUGAGUCUGGCACAUACAGUACAGUACAUAAUAUGAGGUACAUAAUAUUCAGAGGUGUCAAAGUAAAAGUAAACAGAGUUUCCUUCCUAAACAGGGAUGCAUUUCUGGAAAACGUAGUUGCUAACUAUGCUAGCUACUUUGUUAGUUGCAAUGCAAUUUUUUGCAAUUCUUUUGCCUGAGGAAGAUCCCUCUGUUGGAUUGAAACGUUGCCAUAUGUUAAAAUGAAAUAAAGUAUUUUUGGAGUUAA